AGCAGCCUGAGCGACGCUGGUCCGUCGAGAUGCCUGUAUUAUAUGUGCACCGCGACCGCCAUUCGUUGGGAGUGUUUACAACAAGUGUUUGGCUGCACGGUGGCUCUCUCUAGUAUUCUGGGCGUCUGAGUGGGCCAAGGUGCACGAAACUUGGAGCGCAUCACAAAACGCCUCCAUUGUUGGGAUUCCAACAUCCAGGUCUACACCAAGCCUUGGGGCUAAGGCAUCAAAAUCCGCCACAUGACAAUUCUCUUAGGCACGAGUAUAAAGACACCAAGGUGACGACGCUUUGUUCAGCAGGAGUAAUUCGCUGUUGAUCAGUCUCUUCGCAUACAUUCUUUUUUUCCGUUCAGCUCCACACGCUCUUUUGACAAGGCCUCUUCUACGACUUUGAAAUACUUUAAUUUCGACUCAAUAUCCAUAAUGUAUACCCUCGCCCUCUCCACCAUCGCAGGCCUAGCCCUCAGCGCCGCCGCCGCGCCACUGACCGUCGGCAGCGGCAACGGCCAGAUCCAACUUCAGGUCUCCAUCGACCUCGGCGCCCAGGGCGAAGUUGGCGUGAAUGCCCUUGAUGCAAACCAGCUCUUUGCCUUUACUUCGAUGCAUCUCGUUCAUGCCGUGCCUGAACAAGUCGUCAACGGCACCGAGCCCACGGGCGGACUCGCUGGCUCCGCAGGCACCUUCAACUUUGGCAUCAACAGCGCAGAAAACAUGAUUUGCUACAACAUUACUCUACACAACUUCCAGGGCGAAUUUGAAUCUCCGGCCACAACAGCAACCCACAUCCACGAAGCGGCGCGUGGUGCCAGCGGACCACCUCGAAUUUCCUUUCCCAACCCAGAGCCCGUCAACGGCGACUUGGCUGUUCGCAACAGUGUAGGUUGUCUGAAGGGGCCCUUUACCACGGGCGUCAUGGUUGACGGCAAGGAUUCGGGCGAGGGCUUCCACGUUCAGAUGAUUGAGGCAAAUCCUGCUGCCUUUAUGGCUGAUGCGCAUUCCAGUUUGGCGCUGCCUGGUGCUUGCAGGGGUCAGCUGGCUUGAUUGCAUGCAAGAAAAUCGCUGGCAAUGAUUGUGGAAUCGAAGCGUGGGCGCGGUAGCAGCAUGAUACCCGGUGCAACAGUUGGGGUGUUAUGUCUGCGACUUUUGGAAUCUUCAGCAUCUCAUUUACAAUUUAAUUUGGUCUGGUUUACCUCAUAGCAUUUGAUUUUGUCAGUCUGUAAUGCA